UCUGUGCUGCACAACCUCAAGGAGCGCUACUACUCUGGCCUCAUCUACACGUACUCAGGGCUGUUCUGUGUGGUCAUCAACCCCUAUAAGAACCUGCCCAUCUACACGGAGCAGAUUGUCGAGAUGUAUCGGGGCAAGAAGCGCCAUGAGAUGCCGCCCCACAUCUACGCCAUCUCGGAGGCUGCCUACCGCAGCAUGUUGCAGGGUUGCUGUUGCAGGGGCGAGUCAGGCGCCGGGAAGACGGAGAACACCAAGAAGGUGAUCCAGUACCUGGCCCACGUGGCCUCCUCCCACAAGGCCCGCAAGGAGCAGAGCAUCCCGCUGGAGUCGCCGAACCUGGCCAGGCACCCGGGCGAGCUGGAGCAGCAGCUGCUUCAGGCCAACCCCAUCCUGGAGGCCUUCGGCAACGCCAAGACGGUGAAAAAUGACAACUCCUCCCGAUUCGGUAAAUUCAUCCGGAUCAAUUUUGACGUGGCCGGCUACAUUGUUGGAGCCAAUAUAGAGACCUACCUGCUGGAGAAAUCUCGUGCCAUCCGGCAGGCCAAGGACGAACGAACCUUUCACAUCUUCUACCAGCUGCUGAUGGGGGCAGGCGAGAACACAAAGGCUGAGCUGCUGCUGGAGCCGUUCAACCAGUACCGGUUCCUGUCCAAUGGGUUCCUGCCCAUUCCGGGCCAGCAGGACAAGGAGAUCUUCCAGGAGACCAUGGAGUCCAUGCGCAUCAUGGGCUUCUCUCCCGAGGAGAUCCACAGUGAGUCGCCCCUCCGUUCGGGGGCAGAUCCCCACCCAGGGUGGGGGCUCACCUGGUACCAAGAAGGGAUUAUGGGGGUGGAAACGGCAGGGGGCAGAGUGGCGGGGCAGGGGAGGGGACCCCUUGCGCAGGGGUUCAGUGGGGUGACGGCCCCCCGCCCCCGCCAGGUGAACCCCCCGGGAGUGCUGGCCCUGCUGGACGAGGAGUGCUGGUUCCCCAAAGCCACCGACAAGAGCUUUGUGGAGAAGGUGAUCCAGGAGCAGGGGGGGCACCCCAAGUUCCAGAAACCCCGACAACUGCGCGACAAGGCCGACUUCUGCAUCAUCCACUACGCCGGCAAGGUGGAUUACAAGGCGGAUGAGUGGCUGAUGAAGAACAUGGACCCACUGAAUGACAACGUGGCCACCCUGCUGCACCAGAGCACAGAGCGCUUCACCGCCGAGCUCUGGAAGGAUGAGAUCGGGAACAUCCAGAAGGUUUAUUUCUUUGACAGCUACGCCGGGGUGUCCUCAGGCCAAGGUGAAAUGGACCGGAUCGUGGGCCUGGACCAGGUGAGCGGCAUGGGGGACGUGGCUUUCGGGGCCUCCUACAAGACCAAGAAGGGAAUGUUCCGUACUGUGGGCCAGCUCUACAAGGAGUCGUUGGCCAAGCUCAUGGCCACCCUGCGCAACACAAACCCCAACUUCGUGCGCUGCAUCAUCCCCAACCACGAGAAGCGGGCCGGGAAGCUGGAGCCCCACCUGGUGCUGGACCAGCUGCGCUGCAAUGGGGUGCUGGAGGGCAUCCGCAUCUGCCGCCAGGGCUUUCCCAACCGCAUCAUCUUCCAGGAGUUUCGCCAGAGGGGUCUGGAGCCAGGCUGGGGGCAGCAGUGGGGGUGGGGAGCCGGGAUCCAAGGCCGGGGGUCAGGGUCUGUGUGUGUGGGGGUCUGGGCUCACCCCCCCAUUGACUCCUCCCCGCAGGUGAAGCCGCUGCUGCAGGUGACGCGGCAGGACGAGGUGAUGCAGGCCAAGGCCGUGGAGCUGCAGAAAGUGCAGGAUCAACAUGUGAAAACCCAGAGCGAGCUCAGGGAGCUGGAGAGCAAGUACCAGCAGCUGGCGGAGGAGAAAGCAAUCCUGGCGGAGCAGCUGCAGGCGGAGACGGAGCUGUUCGCCGAGGCGGAGGAGCUGCGGGCGCGUCUGGCCACCAAAAAGCAGGAGCUGGAGGAGAUCCUGCAUGAACUGGAGGGGCGGGUGGAGGAGGAGGAGGAGCGCUGCCAGCAGCUGCACAAUGACAAGAAGAAGAUGCAGCAGCACGUUCAGGACCUGGAGGAGCAGCUGGAGGAAGAGGAAGCGGCUCGGCAGAAGCUGCAGCUGGAGAAGGUCACCACGGAGUCCAAGAUGAAGAAGAUGGAGGAGGAUUUGCUCCUGCUGGAGGACCAGAACUCCAAGCUGCACAAGCCACGACCCCACGCACCCGACCGCCUCCCCACAGAGCCAGCUGCAUCCCUGUGCACCCACCUGGAGCCGCCCACGUCUCAGCCUAGGGCAACGGGUCCCUGGAGCAGUAGAUCCUGCGCCCCCACCCCCCCAGCCCGUGGCUCAUUGCUGCACCCCCACAGGUCGAAGCGGGAGCAGGAGGUGGCGGAGCUGAAGAAGGGGAUGGAGGAUGAAGUGAAGCUGCACGAGGCCCAGGUGCUGGAGUUGCGCCAGCGACACGCCCACGCCCUGGAGGAGCUGUCUGAGCAGCUGGAGCAGUCGCGUCGGGUGAAAGGCACCCUGGAGAAGGCGAAGCAGGCGCUGGAGGGGGAGAAGGCGGAGCUGGUGCAGGAGGUGAAGAGUCUGCAGGCCACCCGGCUGGACUCAGACCAGCGCCGCAAGAAGCUGGAGGGGCAGGUGCAGGAGCUGCAGAUCCGGGCCAGCGAGGCCGAACGAGCCAAGGCCGAGCUCGCUGACCGCGUGGGCAAGCUGCAGAAUGAACUGGACAGCGUCUCAGGGGCCCUGGGCACCACGGAGUCGAAGACGACCAAGCUCGCCAAGGAGCUGGCCACCGCGGAGUCCCACCUGCAGGACGCCCAGGAGCUGCUGCAGGAGGAGACGCGGCAGAAGCUGGCGCUGGGCUCGCGGGUGCGGCAGCUGGAGGAGGAGAAGGGUGCCGUGCUGGAGCAGCUGGAGGAGGAGGAGGCUGUGAAGGCCAAUCUGAACCGCCAGAUCCAGGCCCUGCAGCAGCAGGUGGUGGAGGCGCGCGGACAGCUGGAGGAGGACGCGGGGCCACGGCGAGGCGCGUGGAGAGGCCCGGCGACGGCCGCCCGAAGCUGGAGCUGCUGGGCAGCGCUGGAGGAAGAGCGCAAGCGGCCGGAAGCUGGAGAAGAACCGGGCGCUGCUGCAGCAGGAUGGACGAUGCUCACCUGGCGCGGCCAGACGCCAGUGCGUUGCCAAUCCUGGAGGCGCGGCAGGAAGAAGUCGGACAGGGCGCUGAAGUCGCUGAGCUGCGGGAGGAGCGGACUCGCGCAGAACAUAGCAGCUGCCGGGCUGAGCCUGACGACCUGGUCAGCUCCAGAGGAACGAUGGUCGGCAAACGUGCACGAGCUGGAGCGGUCGAAGCGGGCGCUGGAGCAGCAGGUGCAGGAGAUGCGGGCGCAGCUGGAGGAGCUGGAGGACGAGCUGCAGGCCACGGAGGAUGGGAAGCUGCGGCUGGAGGUGACCCUGCAGGCUAUGAAGGCACAGCACGAGCGGGAGCUGCAGAACCGUGACAACACUGACGACGACAAGAAGAAGCUGCUCGCCAAGCAGGUGCGGGACCUGGAGCAGGAGCUGGAUGGCGAGCGAAAGCAGCGAGCCCAGGCGGUGGCGGCACGGAAGAAGCUGGAGCUGGACCUGCAGGAGGUGCUGGGGCAGAUCGACGCCGCCAACAAGGGGCGCGAAGAGGCCGUUAAGCAGCUCCGCAAACUGCAGGCCCAGAUGAAGGAGCUGUGGCGGGAGGUGGAGGAGUCCCGCACGUCCCGCGAGGAGAUCUUCAUCCAGUCCAGGGAGAAUGAGAAGAAACUGAAAAACUUGGAGGCGGAGCUACUUCAGCUGCAGGAGGAGCUGGCGGCGGCCGAGCGAGCCAAGCGGCAGGCGCAGCAGGAGCGCGACGACCUGGCCGACGAGCUGGCCAAUGGCGUCAGCGGCAAGUCGGCGCUGCUGGAUGAGAAGCGGCACCUGGAGGCCCGGAUCGGGCAGCUGGAGGAGGAGCUGGACGAGGAGCAGAGCAACGCGGAGCUGCUGAAUGACCGUUACCGCAAGCUGAGCCUGCAGGUGGAGACGCUGACGACGGAGCUGGGGGCCGAGCGCAGCUUCUCACAGAAGGCUGAGAACACCCGGCAGCAGAUGGAGCGGCAGAACAAGGAGCUGCGAGCCAAGCUCGGCGAGCUGGACUCCUCCGUCAAGGCCAAGUACAAGCUGAGCAUCGCCACCCUGGAGGCCAAGGUGGCCCAGCUGGAGGAGCAGUUGGAGCAGGAGUCCAGGGAGCGGAUCCUGUCGGGGAAACUGGUGCGCCGGGCGGAGAAGCGGCUGAAGGAGGUGGUGCUGCAGGUGGAAGAAGAGCGCCGGAGCGCAGACCAGUUCAAGGACCAGGUGGAGAAGGGCCACAUCCGGCUGAAGCAGCUGAAGCGGCAGCUGGAGGAGGCGGAGGAGGAGGCGUCGCGGGCGAACUCCAGCCGGCGCCGCAUGCAGCGGGAGCUGGACGAGGUCACCGAGUCGGCCGAGUCCAUGAACCGCGAGGUCACCACGCUGCGCAACCGGCUCAGGCGCACCCCCCUGACGUUCACCACCCGCACGGUGCGUCAGGUCUUCCGGCUGGAGGGCGUCUCAGACGAUGAGGCCGACGGGCCCAACGCAGAGACUCCAGCCCCCGACCAGCAGCCGCAGCCCCCCCGGCUGAGGCCCCUGCCCUGUGAGGGGCCCCGGACCGGGCCCCCCGGUGCAGCGAUGAAGCCAGGCCAGCACUGCCAUGGGCCCAUCCCGGCCCCACGCCGGGGGCUGGUUGUGGAUCAGGCAGCACUUUAGAGCGGGAGUCCUGGAGCGGGGGGGCUGCAGCCUAACUGGAUCCCCUAUGGAAUAACCUCCCCUGCCCCCACCAGGGUUUGACCGCGGGAGGGGGGCACAGCAAGUGCUCCCCCUACUGGAUCCGCCCUGAACCAGCACCCCCAACCAGAAUCUCCUGACCCCGAGCCCAGCACCCCCCAACCAGGGAUCCCCUCCAACCCAGCACCCCCCAGCCUGGGAUCUCCUGCCCCCCUGACCCAGCACCCCCACCCCAGGAUCCCCACCCCAAGCCUGGGAUCCCGCUGACACAGCUGCCCUCCCACCCCCUGUCUGUUCAGCCCCAGGACUAGAGGGGCCGCCUGCGCACAUUUCCCCCACCCCUUCCCUCCGUUGUGCUCCCCUGUGGGGUGGCGCUGGCCAGGGGCGCCCCCACAAGCUACACCCUGGAAGAAGCAAGAACUGAAGAGUUAAUGGGUUCCCUGGGGCUGAACCCCCCCCAACUCAGAUCUGGUCCUAGGCCCCACAGCGAGACCCCUCACCUGGUGCCAAUGUGUCACCCCCGUCUGCUGGGUCCUGCCCCCGUCUGGGGCACCCCAGCCUCUGGCCUGGCCAUCAGGGGCACCCCAGGGCCUCAUUGGCAUCAGCCCCCUCCCUGCCCUCCAGAGCUGCCCCCCCCAGUCCAUCUACCCUGGUGUCCUGCCCCCUUCCUGUCCCUCAGACCAAACCCCAGGCCCAUCUAGCCCCACAUCCUCCCCACCCCCCCCAGGAUCGGGUCCUCUGAGUUUCCCCACAUCUCAGCAGCUCAGUGUAAACCCUAGCGGGCCCCCCUGGGCUUACGGCCAACACACGGUGGGACCCCCCCACCCUGAAGAGAGAUGGAAACUCUUUGCUAAGCCCUCAUUCCCUCCCCCUGCUUCAGCAAACGCUGGGUCACUAAUCCCCUCCCCCCCCCAGGUCCCCUUUUCCUAGCGUCUCUUGGCCUUUGGCUGUGGGGGGUCACCCCCUCUCCCUGGUUGGACCCUCCCCCCCCCCAUGCUAUUCUCUCUGCACAGUGAUUUGGGGCAUAGAGGCUCCUAAGGUGGCUGGGGCUGGAGCCGUUGUGGGGUGUUUUCCCCCUGGGUGGGCGCUGGCUGGGUGAGGUUGUAGGGGGUUCAGGGGGUUCUGUUUGCUUUUCGUUUUACCCCCCGGUUUGUGUCUUCUAUUAAAGUUCAUCUCGGAUUCGC